GGUGGCGUUCGCACGUUUUCAGUCAGUAGUGCCUUCCUCGGUCUCCGGUGUCCGUAACAAGAUAAAAAAUGUAAAAAAGUCGUCAAUGUUUAUUUUAUUUUUGCACUCUUGUUUUUUUUAUUUUUAAUUCGCACUAUUCGCACGGCCGUCGAAUUAAAUAUUGAAAAAUCGUUGACAGAAAUUGAUGAGCGUACGCUUCGCAAUAUAGUUUUUAUAAUUGUUCGGUUUCUUCGAGAAAAACACAGUUGAUCUCAGCAGCACGUUCAAUGUGGACGUUUGCCUUUGCGGUCGCUUUGUUGGCCGCGCCCCAGGUAAACGGUCUGGGACCAACCACGGAGUUCCCACCUUUGUUCCCAGCGUUUUUGAAACUGGUGGCCGAGGGAGUGUCAACGUUGAACAAAGCGUCCCGGGACGUACCGAUAACACGUGUGGAAUACGACUUCAUCGUGGUCGGCGCAGGGUCUGCUGGGGCGGUGGUGGCCAGCCGACUGUCGGAAAUACCCAAAUGGAAGGUGCUACUAAUAGAAGCCGGCCAGGAGGAACAUUUCGUCAUGGAUAUCCCGUUGGCAGCAAACAUGUUGCAGUUUACUGAAGCCAAUUGGAAGUACAAGACUAUGCCGUCUGAUAACUAUUGCUUGGGUCACGAAAAUAGACAAUGCAAUUAUCCCAGAGGAAAAGUCAUGGGCGGCUCGAGCGUACUCAAUUACAUGAUAUACACUAGAGGACACAAGAAAGACUAUGACGCAUGGGCAAAAGCGGGAAAUGUCGGUUGGGAUUCGAAUCAAGUAUUAAAAUAUUUCAUGAAAUCUGAAAAUGCCAACUUGACUCUCCAAGAUCCGCAAUUCCAUCGACAGGGAGGUCUGCUCAGCAUAACGGAAAUCCCGUACAAAAGUAAAGUGGCCGUCGCUUUUGUCGAAGCCGGACGAGAAAUCGGUUAUCCCGUCAGAGACAUAAACGGUGAGAGUCAAGUGGGCUUCAACUACCAUCAAGUGACCAUGAAGGACGGCUUGAGGCACAGUACGAACGUGGCUUUUCUGCAUCCGGCCAGCAAGCGGAGGAAUUUGCACGUCAGGAAAAAUAGCCAAGUGACUCGGAUACUGUUCGACAGCUUGGGCACUCGUGCCAUCGGCGUCGAGUACUACCGAGGGAAAACCAAGUACAGGGUGUUCGCCAGAAAGGAAGUGAUCGUCUCGGGCGGUGCUAUCAAUUCGCCUCAUCUGCUCAUGUUGUCGGGAAUCGGCCCGGCCCAACACCUGACGGCCAAAGGCAUCAAGACGGUGCGCGACUUGCCUGUCGGCCGGAACCUGAUGGACCACGUGGCUCUGGGCGGCCUCACGUUCAUCGUCAACGAGACGACCUCGAUAAAGACUGAACGGAUCCUGGAAGAUCCCAACACGCUGUACGAUUUCAUGGUCAACCACGGGGGGCCAAUAACGGUACCGGGAGGCACGGAGGCAAUAGCGUUCUUCGACCUGAGCCGGCCCGGAGAUCCGCUGGGGCAUCCCGACCUGGAGCUGUUGUUCGUCAACGGCGCCGUGAGUUCGGACGAGACGCUGAAGAAGACGUUCGGCAUUACCGAUCACGUGUACAACCGCGUGUACAGGAAAACGGAACAGAAAGACUCGUACAUGGUGUUCCCGAUGAUCAUGAGACCGCGAAGCAAAGGGUGGAUCGAGCUCAAAGACCGCAACCCCUUCCGGUAUCCGGCCAUUCACCCGAAUUACUUUGCCGACGAACGGGACUUGGACGUCGUGGUCAAGGGCGUCAGGAUCUGCCAGCGGCUGACGAAGGCCACACCGAUGAGCGACAUGGGCGCCAGACUGUGGGACGUACCUAUGCCGGGCUGCGAGUCCCAUCGGUUCGACUCGGACGACUACUGGAAGUGCGCGGCCAGACAGCUGACGUUCACGGUGUACCAUCUGGCCGGCACCUGCAAGAUGGGUCCCCGGGGAGAUCCGACGGCCGUGGUGGAUCCCAGGCUGCGGGUGCACGGUGUUGCCGGGCUACGGGUAAUCGACGCUUCGAUAAUUCCAGUAAUACCGGCGGCGCACACAAACGGGCCGACCAUCAUGGUCGCCGAAAAAGGAUCAGACAUGAUCAAGCAAGACUGGGGCAUUGCCGUUUGACGUUGUUGGCUCUACGACGCGCUGUGACUGUGAUAAAAAUUGUAAAAAUUGGGUAAUUGGAAAAUUCAAUACCAACUGUACAUAUACACACCUGUACUGCAUAGUAUAUAUUAUAAUAAUAGUAAAUUAUUAUUAUUUGUUUAGUCAAGUGUAUAGUUAACAUUUUUUUUUUUUUUUGUAACUUUUGUAUCAGAUAAAUAAAAACGUGAACAUAAUAAACAACGUGUAUAAAAUGUACAAU